AUGACCCUCCACCCCGCAAGAUCACACCAUACUCACAGGAACACCCGUCACCGCUCCGUAUCACGCUCAUCUUCUUCGCCUUCUCCGCCCCCGCCUUCCUCUCUGUCUGUCCACGGCCACCCACCAAGAACAAGCACGCCACUGCAUAAUAGUAGAGAAAAGCGGAAAAGCUUCAAUUCACCUCGGUCUUCUGCUACCGGAUCGGUCGGCCAUAACCACGGCCAUAGUCAUAACAGUCAUCGCACGCGUGCCCCAAGCCGCAGCCCCCUCCCUCCCUCUUACAAUCCCCCCUCCGACCUUCCCUCCUCCCCACUAGCAUCUCACCCAACACUUGAAGACCAGCAAGACCACGAAACCACCGACGUCGGAUUUUCGACGCAAUACGGUGCUUCGGCGAGUAGCGUCGCCGGCGCGGGCAGCGGCAGCGAGAGAGAGUAUCUGAGGGGGGAUGAGACGGAGGUGGAGAGGGCUAGUAGAGUGGUUUGGAAGAAACAGAUAGAGGAGCCUGUUGAUCGGACACCAACACCGCUCGGCUCUGCCCGUACCUCCAACUCAGCCCGACGGCAAAACUCGGCACCGCCCUCGCCGUCUCCUUAUACCCUACUCCCAUUCAUGAUCGGUCUCAACCAUGUCAUCGCUUUCAAUUUAGGCGGUAAAACCCGGCGCAUAGGACUUUCUAUCUCGAUGACACGACGCAAAUGCGAGAAUCUUUUGGUAUUGUCAGCAGUGUGUUGGGGUAUCUGGGUGCUGGGGUAUAGAUGGGGCGAACAAGCUAUUGCCGGUGAAAUCGGUUUAUUAGUAGGCUUGACGAUCCUCUACUCCGCCCUCCGAUUCCGACCAACCCCAGCCCGGGUCUUAUCCACAUACCUCCCCCCAACCCGGCCCCUCUCCCCCUCUCCCCUCCCACCUUCCACUUGGGGGAGCACAUAUCCUGCACGCGAAAGGUCUGCUCGAUCCAGCGUCGGCCAUACUUCUCUUUUCCUUGCUGGCGGUCAUGCAGGGUACGCCGGGUACUCCGGAGCUGGGGGUGGGGGGCAGACGUCCCCUGCGCUGCCAAAGGAUGAUCCUCGGGCGAGGAUGUUGUUGCCGGACGAAGAUGGGUAUAUAGGGAUUGGACAUAAGGGGAGUAUAUGGGGGACGGAAGAACGUGAAUAUCGCGACUGCCUCGACGACGGCAUAUACUACGCCCUCCUCCUAGGCCCCCUUGUAGCUUCCGCCCUCUUGCACGCCUCCCUCUCCCAACUAUUCUCGUACCCCUCUUCUCCAUUGCCGUAUGGCAAUUGGAAGAUUGAGAAUCCUCUUGUGCUGCCCACAACCCCGUUGAGGCGGGAUGUCGACCCUACAAGGGGACCUAUUGAGACGAUCCGCGCCCUCUCAGCACUUGCAACUUCACGCCGGAACCUUGUACAACUCUUCACAUUAUGUUCAUUCGUCCUUCUCGUGCAUCUUGCAAGGUCGUUGCAUCUCGAGAUCAAACAAAUGCGUCUCCUCUGCCCCCCUCCUAACGACCCAAGCGUCUCAGAGCUCGGGGAGCCUCCCGGUAUCCCGAGUGGUCAUGGCGGUGGCGGUGGCGGUUCCGGUAGCAUUGGCGGCAGGUUCAGCGCCCAACAAGCCGGCUUUGGCACCUUUUGGUUAAGGAAGGGUGAAUGGAGGAGGACGGGGAGCGUGGUGGGGUUUUCGGGGUUGGUUAGUGCGGGGUGUUUGGGGGUUAAGGCUGUUACUGCGUAUGUCGGGAGAGGGGUUUGGAGUGAUAUGUCGCCAUCCGAUAUCGUCAUCGCUACCCUUUUCUACCAAUUCAGUAUCUACGUCUGUGUCAGACUCGCCCGGAAGGGGUUGACGUUGGGGGAACUGGCUUCGGUGUGUAGUGCGGCGACGGCAAUGUUUAUGGAAGUCGUCAAUUUGACCCGUAUGAAGAUCGCAAUCUUCCGCACCCCCUACAUCAAAACAUACCGUCUUCCCACCCCUCUCCUCACAUUCCAACUCGCCCUCAUCCCAGGCUCCCUCCUCGCCGGCUUCCUCCUCUCCCCACUCCUCUACCUCUCCCGCAACCUCGCCCAAAAACCAGCACACCGCCUCCGCCUCCCACACGAAAAACCCAUCCACCGCCGCUUGCUCGCUCUCGGCUUCUAUGGUGGUUCGGCGGUUGUUUGUGGCGGAUUGGUGGGCGGGUGGACAUGGUGGUGUUUGGGCGGGCGGAAUCCGUAUAGUUGGGUGUUUUGGUUUGUGUUUGGGGGGAGGCAUAUGUGGACGAGGUUGGGGCUGGUGGGGUAUUGGGUUGGGUUGGCUGUUGUUUCGGUGGCGGGCUGGGAGAGGCAGCUCAAUCGUGCUAGGAGGCAUAGGAGGUAUACCGUCCCUGGUACAGCAGCUGGCAGAGGCGACACUCUUUCUUCCUCGAACUCAAACUCCAACUCCAACCAUACCCACCCGUCCGUCUCAACCUCAACCUCAACCUCAACCCUCCCAAACGUCCCAUCCGCACCCGGCCACCCCGGACAAACAGCAGGACAGGUAGAAGGAAGAGGACAAGCAGGUUUCUCCGGAGCAGCGACGCAGAUGAUGGAUGCGGCCGAUCAGCGGAUGCCGACAUUGUCUGUGAACGCGAGGAGGAAAUCGUUUCAUGCGUUGGCGGUUAUCAUGUUUAUCCCCGGUAUCGCCGUCGACCCAGCAUUCACCCACCUCUCAUUCUCCGUCGCUUUCGCGGCCUUCAACUUUGCAGAAUACAUUCGCUAUUUCGCCCUCUGGCCUUUUGGCGUCAAGGUGCACUUGUUUCUGAACGAGUUUUUGGAUGCGAAAGAUUCGGGGACGGCGAUUUUGAGUCAUUUUUAUUUGUUGGCGGGGUGUGCGUCGCCUUUGUGGUUUGAAGGGCCAAGCGAAUUGCUAUCCUACUUUGGUGUCCUCUCCCUCGGCAUAGGCGAUGCUCUCGCAUCAAUAGUAGGAAGACGAAUCGGAAGACUCCGAUGGUGUCCAGCAUUCGGCAAGACGGUCGAAGGCAGUUUGGCAUUCUUCUUGUCGGUGUUGGUCAGCUCGGUUGUUAUGUGGGCUGUUGGGGCUGUUGAUUCUUUCAAUCUUGUACCGUAUACGAUCACUGUAGCGUUUGUCACCCUUCUCGAGGCGUUCUCGGCGCAGAACGAUAACCUUAUAUUGCCGAUGAUUGGGUGGGCUGUGGGGACGCUGUUGGGUGUAUAA